CGCGAGCUGUGAAAUUGGUGACUAGAGCCCGCCUUCGUGUUCCACCAAAAAGUUUGAAAUCCCCCAAAUUUAUAAUCUAGGGUUUUUUUCUUUCUUUCGAAUUUCUCCCAAAAGCUCUGAAAUUUAGGUUUUCUUCACCCUCAAUUCAGUUCUCCUUUUCACUCUUCCUCUGUCUCGGCUUUAGCAGUCUCACAUGGCGACUGAAACCCUAGAGGAGAAGUUACCAGAAGCCGAUUCUCCGCUGAAGGAAGAAGAUGCUGUUGCCGAUUCCGAGAUGGGUACGGAGAAGAAGGAAACUCCGGUAAGUGACGGUAAGGAGGAUGAGGUGAAAGACGAAGACAUGGAGGAGAAAGGCGAAGAAGACGACGGAGGAAACAAGGAGGAAAAGACUGGAGAAAGAGAUAACUCGUCGGAGAAGGAGCCGGUGACACCUGUCAGUGGGAGACCUACAAGGAUGAGAAAGAAAGUGGAGCGUUACAUUUUGCCUACUCCCUCUCGAUCCUCGGGGAGCAAGCCUGUGUCAAUUGAGCAGGGUCGUGGAACACGGCUUAGGGAAAUACCAAAUGUGGCGUAUAAACUAUCCAAAAGGAAACCUGACGACAACCUCUUCUUACUUCACACCAUUCUUUACGGGAAGAAAGGAAAGGCGCAGAUGCUGAAGAGAAACAUUGGUCAAUUUUCGGGUUUUGUAUGGUCAGAGGAAGAGGAAGAGAAGCAAAGAGCAAAAGCAAAGGAGAAGCUUGAGAAAUGUAUCAAAGAAAAGCUAAUUGAUUUCUGUGAUGUGCUUGACAUACCGAUAAACAAAAGUAAUGUGAAAAAGGAAGAACUCGCUGUAAGAGUGCUUGAAUUUUUGGAAUGUCCCAAGGUAACAAGGGAUAUUGUACUUGCUGAUAGUGAAAAGGAAACUAAAAAACGGAAGAAGAGCACACCCAAAAACGUGACUUCUGGAGAAUCAUCAGAUGUCCCAGCCAAGAAGAGAAGGCAGACAAAGGAAUCUGGAACUGAAGAAGGUAAUGAUAAGGGAGAUGCUGAUUCCGAAGGUACUAAUGACUCUAGUGGAGAAGAUGAUGCAGCUCCAGAGAAAGAAAACGACAAAAGCGAAGAUACUGAAACUGAAGAUGAGAAAGAUAAAACUGAGGAGAAAAAGGCAACCGAUAAGAAAAGCUCGUCCAAAAGGACUAAGAAGGAGAAACCAUCACCUGAAGAGGAGAAAUCUCUUAAAGGUUCUGAAAAAUCUGGUGGAAAAUUCUCCAAACAAGUCGAUAAAUCAGCUUCAUCAUCAAGCAAGAAGCAAAAGGUUGAGAAAGACGAUUCCUCUAAAGAGAAAGGCAAGAAACAGAAAAGUAAACCACAGGCAAAGGGAUCCAAAGAUCAAGGUACACGAAAAGCCAGCAAGAAAGGUAAAGCAGAACCCACCAGAGAAGAACUGCAUGUAGUGGUGGCCAAAAUUCUGAAGGAAGUAGACUUCAAUACGGCAACUCUCUCUGAUAUUCUGCGGAAGCUUGGGAGCCAUUUUGGAGUUGAUCUUAUGCAUAGAAAAACAGAGGUGAAGGAUAUCAUAACAGAUGCCAUCAACGAGAUGAGCGAUGACGAUGAAAGAGAGGAAAACACAGAGGAUGAAGGUGAGAAAGAGAAAGAAGACCAAGAGAAAAAGGAUUAGUUUUGUCUCUUCUUCUCUUUCCCGCAAAUCCGAUAUGAAAAGUAAGAGGAAACAAAAGUUAUAAGACGCUUUCACUUAACCUUCAUGUGUGAAAUCAUAGGAGUGAUUUACAGAAUGGGAGAUUUGUCUGUACUUUAGAGUAUUUUGUAAUCUGUUAGGCUCAUUGUAGUUUCAAGCUCUUCCUUCAACUUAUGUAGUUGUUAAGUUGUUCUAACUUAUUAUUAUUCUUUUUUUCCCCCUUAAUUGUAAGAUUGGAUAUUUUGUGGAUUUAAGUUAAUUGGGAUGUUUUUGUAAGGAUU